AUGCCAUCGAUUGUUGAGUGUUUCCGGUCAGCCAAGCAUACCGUCUGUUCGAAAAAUGUUCGAGUUUUCAUUAUGUUUAUCCUAACCAUUUCAACAGCAAUAGUUGAAAUCAUCUAUGGCAUUCGUACACAUUCGAAUUCCUUAAUCGCCGAUGGAUUAUAUUCAUUCGCAGAGGGUUUAUGUUUGAUUGGAGUCAUGAUAGUACUUCGUUAUUCGUACGGAAAUUAUACGAAGAAAAACAACACAUUUGGCUAUGAACGUUUAGAAUUAUUAUUUGGUUUAAUUCAAGAAGUAUUUCUUCUCUCGAUAUCCUUGGGCAUUAUUGUCGAUGCGGUGAAUCAUUUAGUCAAUCCCAUUCAUGUCAAUGAUCCUAUGUUGAUGAUCAUUCUGGGAAUAAGCGGAAUAUUCAUUGGUAUACUUGGAAUGAUUAUGUUCUGGGGUUACCAUCACGAUCACGAUAUCGAAGAAGAAAUUAACGCAAAGAAAAAAGUCGAUUUUCUGCAUUGGACGAAAACACCAUUACUAGCAUCACAAAUCCCAUCGAGUGAACAAGUCACCACGGAUACAACUGUCGACAUCAAAACAAAACCACUACCUGAACUCGACGCAUUCACAUAUGAAUAUGUUCAAAUCGAAGAAUCAAGAAUCUAUGCGACUCUGCAUGCCCUAUGUUUACAUUCAUUCGUAGUCUUAUUGGAAUCAUUAAUUGUCGUAGUCUCCGGUUUACUAAUUCAUUUCAUUCCACACAAAGAUUCAGUGACACAUAAAGAUAUCAACAUUUGGCUGAAAUAUAUCGAUCCAUGUCUAACUUUAAUUAUGGUUGUUAUCAUUGCUGUUCGUGCUAUCCCGGUGAUUUGGUCGAUAAGUGCGAUUUUAAUCGAAAAUGUGCCCGGUGGUAUUGAUACUCGCAUAUUAAUGGAAGAGAUUGUCAAAGCCAUUCCGGAAAUAAAAAGCAUACAUAGUUGUCACAUUUGGAGAGCGUCAGCUAAAGAAAUCUAUGCUACAAUGCAUUUGGUCUGCGAUCAAGACAUUCUGUUAAGUACAUGUACAAAUGAAUACGGACGAACAAUACGAAAGAUCCUAACAAAUUAUUGCAUUCGAUAUUUUACUUUACAAUUCGAAUUUGUUAAAUCAAAUGAAUCAGAUCAAAUGUCUGUAUAUCGCUGUGCACAUGUAUUACAUCGAAGACGGCGUGGACACACAUUAGAUGAGCCGAUAAUCAAAUUAGCGAAAGAUGCUAUUGAUCAUAUUCAUUAG